AUGGCGGUUACUCUCUCUGCAACACUCUACUCCACCUCACUCCCUCCAAAGAGGAACACCAAUUGCGCCUCGACACCUGUAAUUUCGAAUCUGAAUAUCGGCAGCCUUCUUCCCAAUCUCAAUAGCUGCAAGAGACUGAUCAAAUUCUCACCGCGGCAAAGCCACGUCGUAGCCUCUGCAGUCUCUGGCUCUCCAGGCAAGUUUUCGUUUUCUAAUAGCCUGUUUGGGGCCGAGUCUUCUUUGAACGGUGAAGAUGCAGCGAGUUUAUUGGAGACGGUGAAGGUGUUUGAUUUGAAUGGAAAUGGAAUUCCGAUUUCGGAUUUGUGGAAAGAUAGGACAGCUGUCAUCGCAUUUGCCCGCCAUUUCGGAUGCGUAUUUUGCCGCAAACGGGCUGACUAUCUUGCAUCAAAGAAGGAUAUAAUGGAUGCAUCUGGUGUGGCACUUGUUUUGAUUGGACCUGGUAGCAUUGAUCAGGGAAAAGCAUUCGCUGAGCAAACAAAGUUCAAAGGAGAAGUUUAUGCAGAUCCGAGUCACUCAUCAUACGAGGCAUUAAGAUUUGUUUCUGGGGUCUUAACCACAUUUACUCCCAAAGCAGGUCUUAAGAUAAUAGAGUUGUACAUGGAGGGUUACCGGCAAGACUGGAAACUUUCUUUUGAACAGGACACCGUGGCCAGAGGUGGCUGGCAGCAAGGUGGAAUUCUAGUUGCGGGUCCUGGUAAAAGCAACAUCCUUUUUAACCAGUUUAGUUUGAAACUUCAAACCACCAGAUAA